AUCUUUCCUUUCUCUUGCUAUCCUCGACCUUACUUUACUCCUUCCACCCCCCUCUCUUCACCCCCCCCACUUCCUUCUCUUCUUCGAAUCUCAGGCAACUGCGCCUUUUGAUAUCUCCCUUCAACCCUGACGAUGUUCCGUUCUGCUAUUGUCCGCUCUUUGAGGGCUCCCAUGCCUCGUGCCGUCAGGGCCCCGGUUACCUCCCAGAUCCGCAGCGCUCCUGCCGCUCAAUUCGCCUCUCGCUUUGCCUACCAGGGUAUCCGUCUCUACUCCGCCCCUGCCGGUCUUAACAAGGAGGAAGCCGAGGGUCGGAUAGUCAACCUCUUGAAGAAUUUUGACAAGGUUUCCGACGCCAGCAAGAUCAACGGCUCUUCUCACUUCGCAAACGACCUUGGACUUGAUAGCUUGGAUACCGUUGAGGUUGUGAUGGCCAUUGAGGAGGAGUUCAGCAUUGAGAUCCCCGACAAGGAUGCCGAUGCCAUCCACAGUGUUGACAAGGCUGUUGAGUACAUCCUCAGCCAGCCCGAUGCCCACUAAAUAUGUAAUACGAAGAUCUGAAUGAUUUUGCGGAUUUGAUAGAAAGGAAGGGGAUGGGGGCUUGCAUCUACAUGGGGUCUCAGCGUGGUCACGCUACAUGUAUGUUGAUACAUGCCGGUUCUUUUUCACCCUACUAUAUCGUGUAUAUCAUCUUGAAUGCAGUUUGAUUGAUCUUUUUUUGUGUGUGUGUGUGAUUGGAAGUAAGAGGUUUUGGUCAUGCGCCGAUAUAGGUUGAGGUCUUCCUCUUGAUAUCCGACUGGCUGUAGUAGUACGUAAGAUGGGAGUGAUCUACGACCGUGGAAUGCAUUGAAAUU